UUCUCUGCGGCGGGUGAGAGAUCUCAGAGAUGGCGACCACCACCGGCAGGACGAGCCCCGCGAUGAGCAUGAAGCUGCUGGUGGACGCCAAGGCGGGGCGCGUGCUGUUCGCGGAGGCCGGCAAGGACGUCGUCGACUUCCUCUUCUCCCUCCUCGCCCUGCCCGUCGGCACCGCCGUCAGACUGCUCGGGAGGCGCUCCGUGCCCGGCAGCGCCAGCGACCUCUACGCCAGCGUCCAGAGGCUCGACGCCGCCGCCUACCUCCUGCCCGGCGCCGACAUCGGCGCGCUCCUCCGCCCCGCCGUCCCCUCCAGCAUCCCCCUCCUCUGCUUGCCCGGACCACAGCCGCGACCACGGCUACGGCCGCCCCGAGCACAACUACGUGACGGACGCGAGCGGUCGUGCCCGACCUGCGCCAAGCCGAUGACGAAGAAGAUGUACUGGGCGCGGUCCGACUCCGGCGGCUCUGGGCAGGCGGCGGUCUCCGCCGCCACGGGAAGGGCGAAAGGGUUCGUGCAGGGCGUCGUGACGUACACGGUCACGGACAACCUCACUGUGACCCCCAUGUCCGCCAUCUCCAGCAUCAGCCUGCUCAACACCUUCCUCGUCAGGGACCUCAGCGCGCUACAGGAGAAGAUCCUGCGGAUCGGCUACAAGGAGGGUUUGGCGAUUCUCAAGGCGUCGCUGCAGUCCAAGACCGUUCUCACCGACGUCUUCCUCGCCCACAAGGCUCCACGACCAGCUGCCUAA